UGUGCUUGGGGAGCCAAGGUUGCUUUUGGAUGCCUUUCACUGACAGCCAUCCCCCCAACCCCUUCAGUAUUUUUUAAAAGAAGAAAAUGAAUAUAAUUAACAUAAAGUAUUCAACACAGUGCUUUUUGAUAAGUAAUGGUGAUAAUGAUAGUGAUUUCAAAACUUGACUGGAUAGGUUCAAGCAUGAUGGAAACUUGAGUCCUACUCUCUCUAGAACAUAUCUUUUCUAUGUCCAUUCACUUCCUUCAGUAUACAAACCUCUGGAUUUCUGGCUUGAUUGGCAGUUCUUCCAUGGCAUUAUCCAGCAACAACUCUGAAGCUCCAGUCUCUGAAUUCUUCCUCAUCUGCUUCCCUAACUACCAGACCUGGCAGCAUUGGCUGUCCCUGCCCCUCAGCCUCCUCUUCCUCCUGGCCAUGGGGGCCAAUGCCACCCUUCUCAUCACCAUCAGGAUGGAGGCCUCUCUUCAUGAGCCCAUGUACUACCUGCUCAGCCUUCUCUCCCUUCUGGACAUUGUGCUCUGCCUCACUGUCAUACCUAAGGUCCUAGCCAUUUUCUGGUUUGACAACAAAUCCAUCAGCUUCUCUGCCUGCUUCCUCCAGAUGUUCAUCAUGAACAGUUUCCUGACGAUGGAGUCCUGCACCUUCAUGGUCAUGGCCUAUGAUCGCUAUGUGGCCAUCUGCAAGCCUCUGCAGUACCCAUCCAUCAUCACUGACCAAUUUGUGGCUAGAGCUGCCAUCUUCAUUAUAAGCAGGAAUACAUUUUUUUCUCUUCCUGUCCCUAUUCUUUCUGCCAGACUAAAGUACUGUGCUCAGAACAUUGUCAAGAACUGCAUCUGCACCAACUUGUCUGUAUCCAAACUCUCUUGUGAUGACAUCACCUUCAAUAAACUAUACCAGCUUGUAGCAGGUUGGACCCUGCUGGGCUCUGACCUCAUCCUCAUUGUUCUCUCCUACUCUUUUAUCUUCAGUGUUGUGCUCAGGAUCAAAGCUGAGGGAGCUGUGGCCAAAGCCCUGAGCACAUGUGGUUCCCACUUCAUCCUCAUCCUCUUCUUCAGCACAGUCCUGCUGGUGCUGGUCAUCACAAACCUGGCCAGGGAGAGGAUUCCCCCGGAUGUUCCCAUCCUUCUCAACAUCCUGCAUCACCUCAUCCCCCCAGCUCUGAAUCCCAUUGUUUAUGGAGUAAGAACCAAAGAGAUCAAGCAGGGAAUCCAGAACUUGCUAAGGAGGUUGUAAGAGGUACUCAGUGCCUUUAGAAUUGUUAAUAAAUAAUAGGAAAAUAGGAAAUAGUUUUUGUAUUGGAAAUAAAUUAAACAUUUAAACCCUAAAUAACUUUUGACUCUGAUUUUACAAACAUCAUAGGCAGCAUGAAAAGCAUUCACUUACGAAUCCCUUUCUUUAUUGCUACUUUAAAGGAAAAAUUGCUAUGGACAAGAUAUAAACAAGUUUUCAGGACAUGCAGGAAAAAAAUCUGCAGGAUUUGUAAAGGACACUGAGUCCUUUCCUGUCUAACUCAGUGUUGGAGAGCCCUGCCUAGAUUUUGUGCCACGAAGGCAGAGUUUGGGCAAAACACAGACAGUGGUCUGAAAUGUGUGGUUUUGGUGUGGAGCACUUUAUCCUGAGCAUCUUAACUCUUUUAUUUUUGGCAAAUGUACCUUUCACUUGCUCACUAGAUACUCCCCUCCCCCUAUUUUUUAAAAUCUCUUAUACUCUACCCUUCCAUAGGGUGGUCUCAUUUUAUACCAUAUCUGAUCUGAAGGGACUUUGAAUUUUUAAGUUAAAAAGAAGUUUGUUUUAUGUGUGUGAUUGUUUUGCCUGCCAGGCUGCUUAGUGUCUGUGGAGGACUGAAGAGGGCAUCAACUCCUGCACAUAGAAUUAGAGAUAGUUGUUAAGUCCCACAUGGGUGCUGGGAGCUAAACAUCAGUCCUGUGAAAGAGCAGAAGCCAUCACUGAGCUAUCUGUCUAGUCCCAGAUUUGGAAAUUUUCAUAUAGUUUCUAACACCAGCCUUGUCUAUUUGUGACCUAUCCUGAAUACAAAUGAGAUGAUUUGUCUAUUGGUCCUACUGCCUGUGGCCUCAGCCUUUGUCUUGAGCAGUGCCACAAAAACUCCAGGCUUCGUUUUUCAUAGUAAAAUGUCUUCAACUAUUUUGAAAUUUUCCCCUAAUGACACCAAUGAAUAUACCAAAGUGGAUAGGUAAAAACCAAUGAGGCCUCAACCCUACAUAAAGGACUGUAGGCAACUGAGGAAAUCUGGGAGUGGGAGAAGUGGUCUUUUCCAGGCCAGAGCACAUCAAUUGGUUGUUCAAUGCCAAACUGUCAGC